AUGGCAUUGAUUGCAACUACAUUCGACGAUUGUGGAUUUGAAAAGGAAUUUAUAAAGUAUCUUCAUUCAAUUGGAUUUAACAGACCUCUUGGUUUGCAGCAACAAUUGUUACCAUUAAUGGUUCAACAAGAUUAUGAUAUUCUAUUGAGUGGAAUGUCCAAAUCUGGAAAAACCAUUGGUUAUAUAUUACCUAUAAUUAAUCAAAUUAUUAAAGAUAGAAAAAAAAAUGAUUUUUGUAUUUCUAAAAUAUAUCCAAGUGGUAUAAUUCUUAUGGAUCGAAAAUCUUUAGUUGAAUCUGUCACAAAACAAAUUAAAUAUAUUUGUCAGGGAUUAAAUAUAAAUCUUGUGAUGGGAAAUAAAAAAAAGUUAAACUUUACUUCAGUACAUGGUGUUGAUAUUAUUAUUGCUAAAGUAGAAAUAAUGAGAGAUUAUAUUACUAAUUUUGGAUCAGGUAUCUCAAAUAUAAAAUAUAUUAUUGUUGAUCAGGCUAAUUUAUAUUCAAAAGGAAAUAGUAAAAUUGCAUUAAAAAAAAUUUAUGAUUAUGUACAACAAUUUGGUAAUACUGAAGUUAUAUCUGUAUUCAGUUCAAUGGAUUUUAGAAAUGAAGAAAAUAAUUUAUUAUAUAAUUUUUUUGGAGAUAAUGUUAGAAUUAUAAAAAAUUGUGAGACACGUAUAGUAGGAAAUAACUUAAGAAAUAAUUCUUUAUUACAUAGUAAUAAUUUACAAUUUUCAAAUAGUUGUAAUUUCAAUAAAGCAAAUAAUGGUAAUCAUGUGGUGAAUAAUAAAGAUAUUAUUAAUUCUAUAACAAAAGAAUAUAUUGUAAUUCAUGUAUUUGAUCCUUUCAAAUCUAUUUUACAAGUUGUUAAUCAAAUUUUUAAAAAAGAUCCACUUGUGAAUAUUGUUAUUUUUACAAAAACAAGUCAUAUUGGAAAAUAUUUAAAUUAUCUAUUGUGUCAAACAUACAACAAAGUACUAUUUAUAGAUAAAUCAUCAAAUUGCAAUCAUUCAAAUUUGAAUAUUACACUUUUAAUCCAAACAAUUUUGAUAAUUGGAGAUGAUUCUCAAUUUAAUGUAAAUUAUAAAUAUAAUAAUAUCAUUCUUGUUCAUUUACAUGUACCAUCCUCAAAAAUAAUAUAUGAAAAAAACAUUUCUAUGUUUAAGAGUAAUUUUAACCAAGUAAUUAAAUCUAUUUUACUUGAUAGUGAAGAAAAAUUAGAUGAUUUUAUAAAAUGUAUUUGUUAA